AUGAAACGACACUUCACCAGCAGUAACUGCAGCAGCAGCAGCAACUGCAGCAGCAGCAGCAGCAGAUAUGAAGGCAGCAGCGACAGCAGCAACAGCAACAGCAGCAACAGCAGUGCCCACAGCAGCAAAUGCACAACGGCACCUAUAGCACCUGCAGAAGCAGCAACACCACCAGCAACAGCAGCGGCAACAGCAGCAACAACGGCAGUAGCAGCAGCAGCAGCAGCAGCAGCAGCAGCAGCAGCAAGCGUUGCAGUGGAGAGGAGUAGCCCAGAGGAAGGAGACAGACAGACAGCAACUACGUACAGCUUCGCUACGCUCUGCAGGGCUGCUGCUGGCUGCUGCAAUUCCUUGAUGCUGCUUCAGGGGCUGCAUGCAAACAGCAGCAACCCCAAACUCGUGGGAGGUGCCCUGGAAGUAGAGUUGCUGCGGGCCAGCGGCUGGCAGCUGAUGGAGACUUCUUCUUCCUGCUGCAGUGUUUGCGGCAGCGACAGCGGGCGUCGGCGCCGAGUGUUUGUUGAUGCAGCGCAGCAGCAGCAGCAGGUUGCUGCAGUUGCUGCUGCAUGCGCUGCAGCAGAUGCACAAGCAGCAGUUCGUGCAGGCGGUGCAGAAGUGCUGCGCUCGUUUGCCUUUAACUUCAAAUUAAAGCGGCAGAGCUGCGUGCUGGGGGUCUCCCGCGAGACCUUGGCUGCUUUGCUGCCGGAGGAGACACUUAAGGCGGCGACACAGCAGCAGCGGCAGCAGCAGCAGGAGCAGCAGGAGCAGCAGCAGCAGCAGGUGCUGUGUCUGUGCAAGGGAAGCUUAGAUGCUGUCUCUGCUCUCUGUUCGACGCCGCUGCCUCCCGGCUGUCUCCUCACCCACGACCGCCUUGCUUCGCAAGGGGCCUACGUCUUGGCUGUAGCCUACAAACUCCUGACUAUACCCGCUGUCUCCAAACAGCAGCAGCAGCAGCAACAACAACGACAACAGCAACAGCAGCAGCAGAGGGGCCAGCAGCAACACGCGCAGGAGCAAGGGAACGAACAACAGAGCCAAGAGCAGCAGCAGCAGCAGCAGCAGCAUGCUGCUGCUGCUGCUGCAGAUGGCGCGGGUGAUGAUAGGCGUAGGGUUACAAGUGUCUGCAGCAGCUGCAGUGCUUGUGCUGCAGCAGAGGAGCUGCAGCGAGAAGCAGUGGAGAGCAACAUGAAGUUUUUAGGUUUGCUGCUGCUGGGCAAUGAACUCCGUCGAGACGCAAAGGAGACAGUUGAAGUGCUGCAGCAAGGGAGGGUCAGGCCUGUGAUGAUUACAGGAGACUCUGUCUAUACAGCUGCUGCAGUUGCUGCGCGCUGCGGCAUGCUUCCACAGUCAGCAGCACCAGCACCAGCAGCAGCAGCAGCAACAGCAGCAGAACCCGCAGCAGCAGGAGCUGCAGCAGCAGGAGCUGCAGCAGCAGCAACGGAGGUGUCUCCGACUGUCUGCAGCACCUCAGGCAGCAAUUUGCAUGCAUCAAUUGUCUCGCAGCCCCAAAUGUGCAGCAGGAGCUGCAGCAGCAGCAACGGAGGUGUCUCCGACUCAAAACAAAAUAAUAAUAAAGUGAGGUGGAAAGAAUUUAACUCAGGGACCGAAAUACCGCACGCUGAAGUCCUAGCACACCCAGAGCGUUGGCCGGAGUUGGCGGUGACUGAGGAGACGUUUGAAAUAUUGUGCAGAGAGCGGGUGGUCCCUGCUGCUGCUGCAGUGCAGCAGCAGCAGCAGCAGCAGCAGCAGCAGCAAGAGGUGGAGACGGAGGCGGAGGCAGCUCCGUUGGUACCUAUAAAAGGAGACAGUAAAAAGAAGCAGACAGAGAGACACAGAAGGAGACACUCCAGAUGA